AUGCUUCGCAAGACGUCAGGCUCCGGUGCUGCGCUGCAAUCAGUGAUAUCGAUGGAAGCAGCCAUGGAGACGACGGACAGGAGCCCCAAGUCCAAGUUUUGCAUCGACUUUGACGUCACACCAAUGGAGACGAGUGAACUCAGCGCUUCCAACUCUCCGAGCCGAUUCUUCUGUCGAUUCGACCCCGUGACUAGGAAGGGAAGGCUGUUAAUGCUGCUGUUCGGUCGCGACGGUAGCUCGAGAUUGCAAGAAAUGAGUCGACUGGAUGUCCUGCGCAUGACACAAGAAGCGGCAAAGCUUGGAAGUGAGUACUGUCGCCAUUCCAUACGCCAGGAACACAACGAGCGACGCGUGCAUGCACGAGACAUUCGCAGGAUGGAAAAUGCGUUCUCAGCAUCAAACGAGCCGUCAAUUAUCCUUCGCAAACAAGCGAUCUUCUUCAGCGCUGAUCCUUUGCGCGCGAUCGUUCUGCGAGAUGCCUGUAUGGUUUACAUUCCUGAUGGAGCGGACAGUUUGAUCUCAAUGCUCAAGCAGGACUUCCUUACUAAUGCAAGGGAUAAUGCAGAGGCUCCAUUCGAGUUCAGAGCGCUGGAAGCACUACUAGCCACACUUGCAAGAUACUUUCGAGCCCAGUACGACCAACUGUCUCCCGCUAUUGUAUCCGACCUCGAGCAUCUCGUUCAAGGGAACCUGAACUCGCGUGAGCUCGAACGUCUGCGUGAAUUCAAGAAUACGAUGAACGAGUUUGAGUCUCAGGUCGAUGGAGUACGUCGUGUACUGAUGGAGUUGCUGGACAACGAAGAGGACCUCCGACUGCUCUAUCUCACUAAAAUCUACGAGAAUCCUGACCUCUUGUCGGAUCUCUAUAGCUUCGACUCGGAGGAAGCUGAAGUGCUGAUCGAAAAUUACCUGCAGGAUAUUUUCUCCACUCGCACGACGGCCGAUCUGCUACAGCAUCGCAUUGCCAACACGGAGAGUCUCGUGACUCUGAAACUUGACUCGAAGCGAAAUUAUCUGCUGAAAGUUCAGCUCAUCUUCUCGCUUGUGUCGAUCAACAUUUCCGUCGGCACGUUGGUCUCUGGUGUGUUUGGCAUGAAUCUCUCUUCAGGCUUGGCAGACGCGUCCGGUUGGUUUUGGGGGGUUGUCAUCUUCACUGUUGCCCUCUUCAUCACGACGACGUACGCUGGUAUAGUUUUCUUCAAGCAGAAAGGAGUAAUGCUCAAAUAAAACAGAGCUUUGUGAGUUCGAGCCA